GGAGGCGGCAGGGAUGUCCCACGCUCUGAAGCAGGUCUUCAACAAGGACAAAACCUUCCGGCCCAAGCGCAAGUUCGAGCCCGGGACGCAGCGCUUCGAGCUGCACAAGAAGGCUCAGGCCUCCCUCAACGCCGGCCUGGACCUGAAGCUGGCAGUGCAGCUGCCCCCGGGCGAGGAGCAGAACGACUGGGUGGCCGUGCACGUGGUGGACUUCUUCAACCGCAUCAACCUGAUCUACGGCACCAUCAGCGACUACUGCACGGAGCAGUCCUGCCCCGUCAUGUCGGGGGGCCCCAAGUACGAGUACAGGUGGCAGGAUGAGCACAAGUACAGGAAGCCCACUGCCCUCUCUGCCCCCCAGUACAUGAACCUGCUGAUGGACUGGAUCGAGGUGCAGAUCAACAACGAGGACAUCUUCCCCACCAACGUCGGUACUCCCUUCCCCAAGAACUUCCUCCCAGUGGUGAAGAAGAUUCUCUCCAGGCUCUUCAGGGUGUUUGUCCAUGUCUACAUCCACCACUUUGACAGGAUCACCCAGAUGGGCUCUGAGGCCCAUGUCAACACCUGCUACAAGCACUUUUACUACUUUGUGAAAGAGUUCAACCUCAUCGACACCAAGGAGCUGGAGCCGCUGAAGGAGAUGACCUCCCGGAUGUGCCACUGAGCUCAGCCCUCCCUGCGGCUCUCCUGGGGACUCCUGCGCUGGAGAUGCGGUUCCAGGGCUGGGGCAGCAGGAGGAGGAGGAGGAGGAGGACAGAGCUGUGUUUUGCUGGAAGAAAUCUCUCUAUUUUUAAGGAGUUUGGAGGUCAAACUGUGACACUGCAGGAAUAUUUUUUUAAAAGAUGCUGUGGAGAAGUUUAGUUUUUUAUAGCAAU